AAUAUUGGGAUAAAUUCGUGCUAGGUACAUAUUCCAAGCAUAAUAUACCUGAGGAAUGGGUGAAAUUCAUACAAGAAUUUUUCAAGCCGAGAGUUAGCCUAGAAGAAUGGACAAAGGCUUGGCGUGGACUUCAUGAAAAGAUCGACGAAAACAAAAAAGACCCAGUGGAUGCUAUCUACAACAUCCUUGGACCAUACAUCAAAGCUUUUGAAGCACCAUUCAACAUCUUAAAGUCAGGUGAUCUCCAUGAAAAUCAAUACAAUGCACAAUUCAUAAGUCCGAUAUUAGGAAAUACAAUGAAUACUGUAUGUGGCGUUGACUGGAGAAUUCUUGAAAUUCCGGUAGAAAGUAGCAAAGCUCGUCGCAAUACAUGUAUAAAUCCAAUCGUUGAUAAAGUUUUAGAAGCAAAGUGCGCAGAUUGGCUUGCUCGUCUCUGGCUAAGUCGUUAA